UGCCACAAAGGCUGCAACUAGAUGUAGUCACUGUUGUUCUUAUGGUUAGGUGACCGUGAAAUCGAUUUGGUGGAUUGACUUCAAAAUGGCACGCGUAAACAAUUCAGCGGAUACAAAAGGGGGCGCCACCGGCGGCCGAGGGAACUUCAGGGUGCUGAAUCAAACCCAGGCUGAAGAGGAUGCUUUCGACUACGUGUCGCUUCGAGACAAUCCUCAUCCCACCGGGAUGGUAGCAGCAAUAGCCCACAUGGUGAAGGGGGCCCUUGGAGGCGGCAUCCUGGGAGGCCACGUGGCUUACUCCAAGGCUGGGCUCUAUGUUGCUUUGCCUCUCCAUCUCUUCUUUGGGCUGUACAUAACCUACUGUCUAUACCUGCUGGUUGAGUCCGCUCAGAUACUGUACAAGCGGACGAAGAUACCCUCCAUGUCUUAUCCCGACGUGGGAGAGGCCGCCAUGGCCUGUCAUCCGAACCCCAAGGUCGCGAGAAUGGCGAAAUGGUUCAGAUAUUCGAUAGAUGCAAUCAUCUGCCUCGACCUGUUUGGUUCCUGUGCGUGCUACCAGCUCAUAAUAGCUAAAUCUUUGAAGCAACUGGUAGAGAAUACUCAGACUACGUCCAUGGACGGGAUGUCAGCAGGUUACCCCUCGUUGCGAGUGUAUAUGGCAAUCAUGAUCGUGCCUAUCAUCUUGAUCUGCCUUAUAAGGCAUCUGAAGUGGCUGGCGCCGUUUUCCAUUGCAGCCAACCUGUUUAUAGUGAUUGCUCUCGGCACGGCUGUGUUCUAUGCCAUCAAAAACAAUCCCGGUUUCACUGGAAUGAAGCCGUACACGAGCUUCUAUAAUUCACUGGAGUACACUGGCAUGGCCGUGUUCAGUAUGUCGUGCGCCGGAGUCGUGAUACCUGUGGAGAACAAUAUGAGAGAUCCGAAAAAGUUCAACGUUUCUCUUGUGAUCGGAAUGACUAUAAUCGUGAUUGGAACUGCGACGGUGUCGUUCUUCGGUUAUGCUGCAUUUUUGGACAAAAGCGAAGCGCCUAUUACUGUUAACUUUCCUAUGUACUUGUUCCUGAAAAUAUUGAAGGGUUUGAUUGCGGUCAUGAUUUACGUCACCCACGCUCUGAACUUCUGGGUGCCUUUCAACCUGUGCUUCUAUUACAUCAAGCCCUGCCACAAACAGGAGAAGAUUGUCAUGUGGGAGCUGUUCUACAGGGCUAUCUUUGUCGUUGUCAUUAGUGUAGUGGCGAUUAUAUUCCCGAACAUCAACGCCUUGAUGGGAUUUCUGGGAGCCUUUUGCUUAUCCAACAUGGCGUUUAUCUGGCCACUGUUUAUCCAUCUGCUGGUGAUUUGGCAUAGACCUGGCCUUGGCAAGUUUCGGUGGAGGCUGUGGAGGUGCGCCGUCUUAUUGGUCAUCGGAUUCUUCCUCCUCUGCUGUGGUAGCAUCGUCAACUUAUACGAGCUCGUAUCUGUAUUCAAAUAGUCAUUCUUAGUCAUCAUUAUUAGGAUCGCGAUAGAGUGUACAAAUCGUUGUGAUACUUUUUAUCUUUAUUAAUUUUUCACUUACUUUUGAUAUAUCGGGCGGGUAUUUGGACUUGGCGUUUAGUCCGCAAAUUAUUAUUUAUAAAUUUUUAAUGCUGGUGAAGCAUUUAUAGAAGUACAUUGUAUUUUUAGUAACUUUACAAGAUAUUGUUAUUAUGAAUUUUCAUUGCGAA